UCAGCAGAAUAUGAGGAAUGUGGACGAAAUAAGCCUUAAAAUGCAAAUCAUCUUCUAUAACUGCGUCUUUCUCUCCCUCCUCCCUCCAGCCUCUCUGACUGUGAGUCCCAGCAGCUCUCAGAUGUUUGAAGGACAGCCUGUCUCUCUGAGCUGUGAGGAGGACGACAGCUCUGCUGGAUGGACUCUGAGGAGGAACACAACCAGAGACACCAGGACUCAGUGUGGAGAUGGAGGUGACUCUGGCUGGGGAAAACCUGCUGGUUCUUCCUGUAAAAUCAGCUACAUGGCCCCAUCGGACAGUGGAGUUUACUGGUGUGAGUCCAGAGAGGGAGCAACCAGUAACAGCAUCACCAUCACUGUCACUGGUGGACCAGUGAUCCUGCAGAGUCCUGUCCUCCCUGUGAUGGAGGGAGAAGACCUCACUCUGACCUGUAAAACAAAGACAUCCUUCAUCCUCUCAGCUGAUUUCUAUAAAGAUGGCUCCUUCAUCAGGACUGAGCCUGCAGGUCACAUGACCAUCCACCAUGUUUCCAGGUCUGAUGAAGGCCUCUACAAGUGUCUCAUCAGCAGUGUUGGAGAGUCUCCACCCAGCUGGGUCUCUGUCACAGGUGAGGAGGUUAAAGGUCAUCAUUCAUCUCAGGAGAAACCCACGACUACAAGUCCUCCUCCAACCUCCUCCAGUCCUGAUUCUUCGUCUUUUUACCCCAUGUUGUGGUCCGUUCCAGUCGGUGUUCUGGUUCUCCUGGUUCUCCUGGUUCUCCUGGUUCUCCUGGUGAGACGAUGCAGCGGAAGGAAACGGAAAGUAGAAGCUGAAGAUGAUGACGUCACAUACAGUGAUGUCACAAUAUCGAGACGGAGCAAAGAGAUUUAUUCAAUUGCAAUCUACUCUGGAGUGAGAACAGAAGACGCCAGUCACGGACAAAUAGGGAUCAAAGACAAGAAAUCAACCAGGAAGAGACUAUUUCGAUUAGCGGAGUAAUCCUCAUCUGGUGCUCUAGUGAGUAUUUGUGAAUGAACUCCAGUGUGUGUUCAUGGUGAUGAAGAAACAUGUCAUCCACUGCAACAGGGACCAACUUUACA